AUGGGCGAAGUUACUUUAACAGAGAGGGGCCAGGUUUUCGAGUCAUGGAAGAAUCCACCUCCAUCUUAUUUGGAGUAUUACUUCUUCAAUGUGACCAAUCCAGAGGUGUUCAUGGCAGGUGGGAAGGCAUCUGUUAAACAGAUUGGACCUUAUACUUACAGGGUACACAGUUCACGGGAAAAUGUAACCUUCCUGGAGAAUGGCACCAAGGUUUACGCCUUGAACCCAAAGACUUUUGUCUUUGUGCCUGAGAAGUCCGUCGGAGACCCACAGGUUGACAUCGUCAGGACUGUCAACAUCCCAUUAGUGACGAUAAUGAACAAGCUGAAAUCCUCCUCCUUCUUCUUGCGGUCUGUGUUUUCCAUAUACAUAAACAGGCUGGAUAUCAAACUUUUCAUGACCCGCACUGUGCACGAGGUUCUGUGGGGCUUUAAAGACCCUCUUCUCACAAAACUCCACUCCACGAAGCCUGAAGUAGAUGAAUAUUUUGGGCUAAUGUGGAAGAAAAACGACGCGCUCGAAGGAGAAUCUGUGUCCCACAACGGUGAGCAGAACUACUUGGAUUAUGUUAAGAUCGACAUGUGGAACGUCCUAAGGGAAAUGUCGUGGUCGUCAUCCAAUCAGAGCAACGGCACCUAUGGCACAUUUUUCCACCCGCUGACGAACGUGAACGAGUCGCUCUACAUCUUCGCUGCUGAGCUCUGCAGGUUUAUUCAUUUAGCCUAUGUGGAAGAGGUGGAGGUGAAAGGGAUUCAAGCAUACCGCUUUGCACCUCGUGGUAAUGUCCUCACGAGCCCCCAAAACAACCCCGCCAACCCGACCAACUGUGUGCCAGCCGGUGAAUGUCUCGGCACUGGGGUGCUUAAAGUCAGAGAAGGCGCUCCCAUUGUGGUGUCCUUCCCACACUUUUAUCAGGCUGACCCUGCUUACAUCAAUGCCAUUGAUGGCCUUAACCCCAACAAGGAGGAGCAUGAGACGUAUCUUGAUCUGCAGCCGAUGACAGGAGUUCCCAUUCGUACCAGUAAGAGAGCUCAGCUCAACAUGAUUCUGAAGAGAGUCACCGGCUUUCCCAAAACGAGGAACAUCGCUGAGACCAUUUUUCCAAUCAUGUUUGUCAAUGAGAUGGCGACUAUUGAUGAUGAGCCAGCAGCCCAGAUGAGGUCACUGCUUAGCUUAAUACUUCGCAAAACAUGAGAAACAUAAAGCUGAAAUAAUUUUGCUUGUAGAUGAGUAAAUACUUUUAUUUCUCUUUGCCAGAAAUAAACUGAUA